AAAAACAAAUAAAAAAAAAAUGUUUGGUCCUUAAACUGGUUACAAAAUUAUUAUAGAAAUGUUUCUAAAAUUGUUUAUAUUUGGUUUAAUACUCUUUGUAUUAAUUUAUUGGAUUUUGCCUAAAGCAAUUAGUUGGAUUUUGGUUAAGAAGUUUAAAGUUAAAGUACGUAUUGGACGUAUUAAUCUACCGUAUUUGGCCUUGAAAAAUGUGAACGUCAGCAAAAGUGGAUUUUCGGUGCAAAUUGAAGAAAUAUGUCUGCGUAGCAGUUUCUUUAACACUGAAGUAACCAAAUUAUUAUCGAUUUACAUACGAGAUAUACAAAUCAAUAAAGAUAUUAAAUCAAAAACUGAUGGAGGAACACCCAAGGAAGAACAAGAGCGUUAUGCACGCAUAUCUCGUGAGGCGAGUGUGGAAAAUGUACCGGAUUUUAGGCAGGCAAAAGUGCCGCCAAGUAUUUUGACAUUUGCACAAUUUAUGGCCGUGCAUAUCAAUAACAUAUCGGUGCUUGUAAUGUAUAAUGAUUUUGAUCCUGGUUGGUAUAUACAUGCUGUGGCCAAAGAACUACAUUUGGAUGGUAGUAUUGUGCACAAUGCUAAAACAUUGCUGGUAAAUGCGGCAUUAAAUGAGGCUCAGGCAAAAAUGUUAAGACAUUGCCCAACAAGACGUCAAUCUUUGGAAAACUUAAAUAAAAUACGUCCUUGUUUGGGAGAAAUUAGUUUUGAUAUUGCCCUAGAUGCCACAUUAUUUGCACAGGGUCCUUUAUCAGUGGAUAAAUUAUCUUUGGCCAUGAAUAAUGCCAAAUCUACGAUACAUGGUGGCCUCUAUGAUUUUCUAAGAGAAGCUAAAAAACGUACACUUCCCCAGGAAUCUACCAAAGAAGAUACUUAUACAUUUAAUCCGUUAUCAACAUCAUGUAAUACAUCCUCAACGCCGUCGUUUCAACGGCCCACUCGUCCAAAUUACAAUAACGAAUCAUAUCAAAAAAUUGCUCCUAUAAUACCAAAGAAUUUUAAUUUUAUAAUACAAGCAGCCACAUUCUCAGCGGUUAAAGAGAAUUCACAAAAUGAUUUCAGUGCAAAAAUGCAACUAUUUAGCAUAACUGGAGAAUUUAAUUCCAAAUCAUUUAAUGAAAAUGCUCAUUUGCCCACAGUAUGUACUAAACUGACACUACAGCAUUUGGAUAUUGAUACCAAAUAUGAAAAAUUAUUAUUUAUUGAACAGUUCACUAUAGACUCAAUGCUACAAGACGAUAUUUUAAAUUUGUACGUUAAAUUGAAGACUUUCCAAAUAAUCUACAAUCAUUGUGAGAUUUACGACUGGGUUCACAACAACUUCCUCUCAAGUAAACGACAAAAACAACAGCAACCAAUGUUGCUGCAAUACAAACAAAAAUCAUUGCCCGAUCAUUUAGGCAACUUACAAAAACAAUGUUCCCGACAAUAUAGUGAUGCCACAGCCGCAUCAGCUGAAAGUGUAAAUGGUGAAAAUAAAAACACUUUCCUGGAAUCGAUAAUGAAACAUAUUGUAGUUAAGGGUUGUGCUGAAUUGUUUAAUGUCUCGAUGCUAAUGAAAUUGGAUGACGAUGAACAUGCUGGCAUGAGUGUUAGUCAUACACGUUUGGUGCUCGAACAAAUUGAUGAGAAACGAAGUUCUAUCUAUAAAACCAAAAUAUUUAAUUUGCUAUUGAAUCAACGGCACUGGAGUGUGGAACUUAUGAUCGAGUCACUAUGGUGGUCGCUGGGUAAUUCAAUAAAUGAUACUAACAACCUAAAGAAAUCCCAUUCGCCGGGUUCCCCUUUCUUUUUGGGUGUUAGUUUAGUGAAAUUAAGUUCCUAUUCAAAUGCCACUAAACUAGAGGUAUCUAUACAUACAUUACGUACUGAGUACAGUAUGACUUUGGCAAAUUUUGUUGUUAAAACAGUUAAUUGUAUUAAACAAUAUGGUGGCCUUAAAACAGAAGGCAAUAUGGUUAAACAAAAAGCCUUGCAAACUGUGGAACCACCGGUUAAUCUAUUGAUAUCAGCUAAAAUCAAAGACAUUACCGCCUACUUUGUUAAUCAUCAUAGGGCGUGUUUGCUGUUAAGUUUCUCCGAAAUAACUCUAACCCGUACUCAUCAAAUUUCCCAUUUAAAAUUGGAAGAAUUUCAAAUGGCUAUAAUGCGUUCUAUGACGGCUUCAUCUUUGUGUCUGAAUGACUUUACCGAUAUAUUUGCAAACUGUAAAUUGAUACGUUUGGAAUAUGAAAAGUUGGAGAAUAAAAGACCUAAAUUAUCGGUAUAUAUACCGGGCAAUACAGAGGCCAUAUGGAAUUCAAAUUUACAUAUGCACAUACUGACAUUGGCCCGUGAUAUGCAAGAACUAAAAUGUGCUUUGGCUUUGCCACAAAAAGAGAAAUCACCUUCGCCCGUUUCCCAACACACAGAUCCGAAUAGCAAGAAAUUAAUUAUAGAAUUGUCGGCUGAACGUAGUACCGUGUUUGAGAUAAAAUUAUCCGAUCGUCAUUCCAUGCAGUGGUUUGUGGAAAAUCUUUUCUUCAGUCACAAAGAGGGAAAUUUCAUUUCGGCCGAAAAUAUUUUCAUAAAAAUAGAUGAUGAACACAUAUUUACCCUAAAAGAUGUAGAUGUGCAUUCGUUGGCCAAACUGGAUAUGUUAACGCAUGAAAGAGCCAAUUGCGAGGGUUUCCUCUUGCCCACAAAUAAAGUGUGGGUAACAACUAUUGGGGCAUUUAAGGCUAUAUUCCCUUACGAUCAUGACUUUUAUGAUGCAGUGCAAAAUCAAUUUGUGUCACAUUUUAAAUGGCUGAAAGUGGUGCACAAUUAUAAAAAGAAACCUUUUACAGCCAGUUCUCCGCUGCCUAGUGAUAUUGUAAUACAGAUCAAAGAAUUUCUUUUGGAAAUCAGUGAUGAUCCUUUUGAAGUUAAACUGCGUGAUAAUUAUGUGCUGUUGGUGGAUGAAUAUCUGGAGGGCCUUAAGCGUAAGACACUCUUUGAUAAAAAGAUUGCCGAAAUAUGUUCGAAAACUCUGCUGGUGCCAGCUGGCACCAUUGAAACUCUACAUGCCACAUUGGUGAAAAAGAAUUCGGAAAUUUAUAUACAACGUUCCAAGAAAAUACGUGAAAGUGGACCAGUGCGCACUCGUUUGUUGGCUUGGAUUAUGACUGAUGUAGAAAUCAUGGCCAUGGCUGAUCCCUCAAUACAUGGCACCAACAAUGUUACGCGCAUUAUGAGAGAAAUUGACUCAGAAAGUCCUUGGCCGGAGGAGAAUUUGGAAUUUACAACACUGUGGUGUCGUAAUGUUCAUGUCAGCUGUUCGGAGUGGAAAUUUAUGCUUAGAGAUUUUCCUCAGCCCAUGUUUUAUGUGAAGACGAUGAGUUUAUUUGGCAUACUAUGUGGUGCUGAGCAGGCUGCAUCUAAGAGGGCAAAACGUGAUGUUUUCAUAGAGGUGGGAGAACCAUUUGGCACAGAUGUGGUGCAGCGCAGUAUGACCGCCUUGAAAUUCUACCACGAUUUCAACUGUGAUUUAGAAUUUUGUAGUUAUGCCUUUGGACCCUGUUGGGAGCCAGUGAUGGCUCAAUGUAAUUUGAGUUUUGAAAAAAUAUCAGCCCCCUCCAAAGAUCCCAGUCCUCCGCUACCAUUCUGGGAUAAAAUGCGUCUUCUAUUCCACGGACGCUUGACAAUGAUUGUUAAACAAUUCACGGUGCUAUUGCAUGCCUCAUUAGAUCCCUACAAUACCACCGAAGAAAUGGAAUUAACUUGGAAUAAUGCCGGCAUUGUAUGGACAAAUGCUAAAAUUAUGUUUAAGGGAGAAUUAAAUGUCACCGUACGUACGGCAUCACGUUACGACGAUUGUCGUUUGUUACAUUUUCCUCAUUUGAAAUUAACCUUUAAAUUGAAUUGGGUGUGUUUGGCCAAUCCAAAUGAUCAUCAUGCUGCUAUGCCCUGUGCUCCAGACAAAUUACCCGAAUACUCUUCGAAUCAGGUGCAUGAUUCCUUUAGAGCUUUUCGUUCUAUCAACCUUAAUAUAUGGAUAUCAUUUGAAACUAAAUCCAAACCGGGUAUGGAAAUUGAAAGUGAUAUACCAAGUUUGGUGUUGUAUGGCAGUACUUUGAGAUGGUUUGAAAGUUUAAAACUAAUACUGUCCGGCGUGACAAGACCCACACGUAGAGGUCCGGUAUUUAAUAAUGUGAGGCCGCGUAAAAAGCAAUUAAGUCGCCACUAUAAAAAGGCCAAUCUACAAAUGAGUUUACAUCGUUUUCAAGUUCUCUACUGGAUGUCCCAUGCCAGACACAAAGGUUUUCAACUUAAUGGCGGACGUGUGUCAUUCUGCUCCGAGUAUCUACUGUCUCUGUCACACAUAGAUGAUGGUCUUAUACAUCGUCCACGAGCCGAUUGGUCCACCAUUUAUAUGAAUUGUGAACUAAAUGAUGCUGAGAUCUGGUUAAAAAGUGUUGAAACGGAAAAAUUCGAUAGUUCAUCGGAGAAUAUCGCCAAUGCUGACAACUGCAAUAAGGUGCGUUUUUAUUUCUUGAGUGUUGGUCGGGUUUCGUAUGGUCGUGAGGCUCUCAUACAAACUGGCAAUGAGGAGGAGACGAAUAAAACGAAAUCUACCACCCCCACUCACAAAUUGGUUGUGUAUGAUUUGAAAGGUGCUUGGACGAAGAAUAAUCGUGAUGUGGCCUUUGCCUUAUUUGAUUCGUUUAUGAAAUCACAAAAGCUGAAAAAUAAUCUGUCCACUGAGGCUGUGAAAAGUUAUCGCAAGGAGGGUAAUUCUAAUAUUAUGAAGCAUAAACGCAGUGAUAGUGCAAUAGCGCUAACAAGCAAUUCCGGAGAAGUGUUACCACUUGCUAACACCAAUGCAACAAUAAAGAAACCACAACCUGCUAGUCAUGCUACCGCCAUGUUACAGCAACUUAUAGCCGAAGCAGAUCAUAAAUUCAAUGUGUACAGCGAUGAUCAGAAUACUCAGUCAAGAGAACUGCAAUUGCAAGGCUUGCAAGCCUGUUCGGCUCAUGAUGUUAUACAUGAGAAUUGGUCCAUUUCUUUGGUAAACUCGCAAGUCUUACUUAAGGGCUCCGAAACGUCGGGUUAUGUCAUUAUAAGUGCGGCCAAGGCUGAAAUAUUACAGCGAGUACAUCGUCCCGUUUGGCGAGAUCGUUCCUUGGUAUCGAAAACUACUUGGAAAGGUUUGCUCGAAUGCAUGCAGUACUAUGCCACUGUUAGUGCUGGAGAACAUGAUUCUCUAUUGGAACGUGAAAUAAUGUGGUUAACUGUAGACAAUAUACAAGACAAAGAUGAUGCGGUUAUACAUGACCUACCCGAUAUACCGCAUUUGGUGGGCAGUGGUCGCAGUGUGGGUGGUGUAGUGUCCGAAACGGUGGGUGCCUCAUCAAGUGAAAAUGCUGGUGAAAAUCAGCCCAUACAAUUGCAACGUAUUGUUUCUCGCUGUAAAUGUGAGUUCUUCUAUGUUAGUUAUGGCGACACUAUAGAUCCCAAUACUAUAACCGAUAUGCCACCACCUCCAUCCGAAGAAACUCUAUCGCCCUGGGAAAGACAAGAUGAUCCGGUUGAUGCCUUUACCUUAAUGCAUCAUGAUUUAGAUGUGUGCACUAAUUCCCUGCAAUAUGCCAUGAUUUUGGAUAUUGUCAACAAUCUAUUGCUGUUUGUGGAGCCACAAAGAAAACAGGCUUUGGAGAAAUUGGCCAGAAUGCGUUUCCAACUGCAGUUGCACUCGACUGAAGAUCAAAAACGUCCCAUACAACAGAAACAAACGCUAAUACGAAGUUUACUCAUGAAAAUACGUUCACUGGAGAAAGAUAUACACUUCAUAAGUCAGAGAGCCGAUGAAAGUGACACCAUGGAAUGGAAAUUGGAAUAUGAUCGUGUGCAAAAACACAUAAGAGAAAGCAAAGAAGAGUUAAACACUCUCAGUGAAGAACUCGACAUGAUGUUGUUGUGCUACAAGGAAACGCAACUCUCACAAUUGAGUAAAAUCUCCAAUGUGCGUUCGGACAAGACGGUCAGCAUUGUAAGGGCCAAUGAGAUUUGUUUCAAACGUGCCCAAUGGCGUCUAACCGAAACGGAUGGUCAAAUUGGUAUAGCAGAUUUGGUGCUAAGCGGCUUCUUGUAUACCAAAAAAUCAAAAAGCGAUGACUCCGUAGAACAUCUCUUGGAGUUGGGCAAUAUACGCAUGAAUAACUUAAUACCGCGUGAAAUAUAUAGAGAAGUUUUGGUGCCCACUGAAAUACAAAAGGACAUGCCUGUCGACACUCACAAGCGUGUGUUGAGAGUGUUUUGCCGCGAAAAACCACCCGUGGGUGGCAUAUCGGUUAAAGAACAUUUCGAAAUCAACGUGGCCCCCAUAACCAUUGCAAUUACUAAGAAAUUCUAUUCCACUAUGCUGAAAUUCUGUUUCCCCGAUCGUGAUGCCUCCGAAACCGAAGCUGUUGAUGAUAUUGAAGAAAACUCUUCCAGUUCAUCGUCUUCCUCUAAUUUGCAGGCAAAAUCUUCGAAAAAACCUUCCAAAUCGAAAAAAUCCUCCAAAGAUUCUGAAUUCUAUGUGAAAAUCGAAAAGGAUGAUGUGGAGAAAAUGAAAGAACGUGCCGAAAAGAAUAAACUAUUUAUUUACAUUAAAAUUCCCGAGGUCCCGGUGCGUGUCAGCUACAAGGGUAAUAAGGAGAAGAAUUUGGAAGAUAUUACAGACUUUUCUUUAGUUAUACCCACACUGGAAUAUCACAAUGUCACCUGGACCUGGUUGGAUUUGCUGUUGGCCAUGAAAUCGGUGAGUCGUAAGGUGAUUUUGUCUCAAGCGAUCAAACAAAAGUUACAAAUACACCGGCGGCCACCAACCACAAAUCAAAGUGAAUUUUCUUCACCGCCCGAAGAGGACAAAGCGAUAAUGUUGUUCGGAAAUCGUUUAGCGGGUGAAAAUCGCAGUCAACGCAAAGGUGUGUUUAAGUUUUCUUCAAGCAACAAAUGAUUUAAUUCGUUAUAUUUCACGCAAUAGUAUUAUGUUAGUAAAUAAACACAAACAUAAAAUAUUAAUUUAUUAAAUUAAUUUCCAUUUAUUUAUCAACUAUUAUUUCUCUUUCUUAACUGUUUUUAAUUUUUAUUUAAAAAUACAAUUUCUUGUGUUUCUUUCUGCUGUGUAUUAAUUAAUGUGUUAAGAGUUGAAAUAAAAAUUGAAUUUAUUACUCUAUACUUUUUUCUCUAUAUAAUUUUGUUUUUUUUU